UUUGACGUUUAAUGGUAGUUCAUUGUGGUAACAAAUGACUGAUGCGAGUACCCCUAAUACAUCAGCCUUGCUUUUGUCUUCACAACACAUGUUGACAGUUCCCUCCUAAUUUGUGGGCGAGUGGGUCUAUUUUGUUUUAUUGCCGAGUUAAAUAAAAAUUAUAAAAACUUACUGAUUAUGGCAACGAAUAAAGUUCCACCGCUUACGUAUAAAGUUAUUGCAGAAUGUUCCGCAUCAAAGGCACGAGCAGGACUGAUGACUGUGAGGCACAGCGAAGUAAACACUCCGGUCUUUAUGCCGGUCGGAACUCAAGGCACCAUGAAAGGAGUUCUUCCAGAUCAACUAAUUGAUUUAAAUUGUCAAAUACUUUUGUCGAAUACUUACCACUUGGGCAUGCGACCUGGCAUUGAUAUACUUAAAAAGGCAGGAGGCUUACACAAAUUUAUGAGCUGGCCCAGGGCAAUACUAACCGAUUCGGGCGGUUUUCAAAUGGUGUCUCUGCUGCAAUUAGCUGAAAUUACCGAGGAAGGCGUAAAUUUCCGUUCGCCAUUUGAUAAUUCGGAGUGUAUGUUGACUCCCGAACACUCCAUUGAAAUACAAAAUGCCAUUGGUGCUGACAUAAUGAUGCAGCUGGAUGAUGUGGUGAAAACAACAAUUACUGGGCCAAGAGUAGAGGAGGCUAUGCAUCGCACAAUCAGAUGGGUGGAUAGAUGUAUUAAAGCUCAUGCCAGAGACGAUGAUCAAAGUUUAUUUCCAAUUGUUCAAGGUGGCUUAGAUCCGGAACUACGCAAGAAAUGUGUGAGCGGUCUUAUGGAGAGACAGGUAAGGGGAUAUGCUGUUGGUGGUUUGAGUGGAGGUGAGAGCAAAGAUGAGUUUUGGCGAACAGUUCAUACAUGUACCGAUCUGUUGCCCAAGGACAAACCACGUUAUCUUAUGGGUGUGGGUUUCGCAGCGGAUCUUGUUGUAUGUGUGGCUCUGGGUAUAGAUAUGUUUGACUGCGUUUUUCCGACACGCACAGCUCGAUUUGGUUGUGCAUUGGUCAUGGAGGGUCAAUUAAAUCUGAAGAAUAAAAAAUAUGCACUGGACUUGAGGCCAAUCGAUGAAGAUUGUGAAUGUAGUACCUGCAAACUCUAUACCCGGUCGUACCUCCACCACAUCGCGACAAUAGAAAGUGUAUCCUGUAGUCUUUUAAGUGUGCAUAAUAUAGCAUUUCAAUUGCGUUUGAUGCGCACAAUGCGUAAAGCAAUUGAACAAGAUCAGUUUCCGGCAUUUGUUAAAGAUUUUAUGAGCAAACACUUUGUGGAUGAGCCCGUACCAAAGUGGAUACGAGAAGCUUUGACCGCAGUUAAUAUACAAUUGCCAAACAGUACUGAGGACACUGCAGAAAAGAAACAUAAACGAGCUUCGGAAUCCCAAUAAUAAAGUAACAAUAUGCUGACAAUGCUGAUCAGGCCUUUUUGAUUUUUGUGAGAAUUUUACACAAUUCAAUGUAUACACAUAUAUUUCAAUCAAAAAUAAUCACAAGAAUGCAACAAAAUUCAAA